AUGCCGCGUCACUGCCGACCUUUCACAGGUGUCACAUCUUUUCUUUCCACUUUCUCAGUCGAGAAAAAGGUGAUUGCCUCACACACCCGCACUCUCUCACACGUACACGGCAGUCCUGCUGUCUGUCACUUCCCGGAUCCAGCGUGAUCCAAACUGCUGUUGGAAACUUUCACAGAGUCCUGUUGUUGUUGAAGGGACACAGGAGAAGGAGGAGGAGAAGGAGGAGUGGAGAGCUCGGUGAGCCUACAGCGGCUCUGCUCACUGGUCACUGCGGGAUCUGAGCUCCAGGAUGUCGGCCGUGAAGGCGCUGCAGCAGUGGUGCCGGCUCCGGUGUGAGGGCUACCGGGAUGUGAACAUCACCAACAUGACCACGUCGUUCAGAGACGGACUGGCUUUCUGCGCCCUCAUCCACAAACACAGACCCGAUCUCAUUAACUUCGACUCAUUGAAGAAGGAAGAUGUCUAUGAGAACAACAAACUGGCGUUCAAGGUUGCAGAGCAGGAGCUGGGAAUUCCUGCUCUGUUGGAUGCAGAAGACAUGGUGGCUCUUAAGGUCCCUGACCGCCUCAGUAUCCUGACAUACGUCUCCCAGUAUUACAACUACUUCCAUGGACGCUCCCCGAUUGGUGGUAUGGGAGGUAUAAAGCGCCCAGCUGAAGGCCCCACAGAGGAGUCGCCUGGGAAGAAGAACCAGCCUGUGACUUCUAAAGUGUUUCCCUCAUCUAAACCCGCCAGAGAGAACAGCCCUCCCCCAUCAACCAACAUCAGGCCUGCUCCUUCCCCCAAACAAACCAGAAAUACCACACAGCAUGCUUCGGUUGAGAAAUCCCAUCAGAUGGGCACCCUGAGUAACAAAUGUGUGUCCUGUAACAAGCACGUUCACCUGGUGCAGCGACAUCUAGUGGACGGGAAGCUCUAUCACAGGAGCUGUGCAAAGUUACUGUCGCCUACAGCUGCACCUCUCAGAGAUUUGCCCACAAACACUCCUGUUUCCAGAUUCACUUCUCUUCUACCAGACUCCACUAAAACCAACACAAAUACUGCCACUCAUACCCCCUCCAGACUGGGACCAACAUGGCUGACGGAGAAAACCAGCACUCCUUCAAGCUUCUCCAGCACUUUUUCUACUUCGUCUCCUUCCCGGCCUGCUUCAAGUCUCUCUUCUGCUGCUAAAGAAAGUCCGACAGCUUUCAUCUCCAAACCAGCAGCUCCACGGACUACUUCCGAAUCUACUUUCACCACAACCACUUCUAUCACCAGGCCUGUUGCUGCUCCUCGUACCUCAACCACAGCGGCAAAGACACUCCAGUCCAAGCUUAAUUUCCUCCAGCAGGAUAACAGCACUAACAAUGAGGGGAAAAAGACUACAACCAUCAACAUUGACAUAAAUAAAGGGACGAAUGUGACUGGUAAAGUCCAGCAGGCCUCACCCGGUCAGGCUGUGACUGUGGUCAUGAAUGCUGGUGGCAAAAGGGAAACAAACGUGAACACAGGCGGGGAGAAAGCGAAAGCAGCAGCCUUCCUCUCCAAAAAACUGGCUGAGGAGAACAAUAAUGACAGUAAGCCAUCGUGGACGAAUGUAGUGCUGAAAAAAACUGACAAACCUUCUCAAGUGGAGACUCCAAAGAGGGAGACGGAGGGAGUCAGAGGGAGAGUGAAGCUGAAAGCAGACAAGUCACUCCUCACUGACAUGUACACUCCAGACCCCCCGAACCGUGCUCCGAGCCCGGUCAGCAAGAGUGGACUCAGAGCCAGAACUCCAGACAGAGGCGCCUCAAAGCCCGGCAGUGCAUCACCCAACAUCUCAGUAUCAGAAAAAGAGUCUCCUGCAGACUGGAGGUCAAAGCUCAAACCUGUCUCCAAAGAUGCCAAGCCGGCUGGUCCUUCACAGUCGUCCCCUAAAGCUGGAAAGUCACAGACAUCAGAACUUUCUGUCGGGCCUUCCCCUCUUCUUCCCAGCCCGAGCAUUUCUGUCACUCCACCAGCACCUAAGGGAUCCCAGAAUGGUCAGGGAGACUUAACUGCCAAUGAUACCAAGUCCGAGUCAAAGAUUAACAAGACUAAGCCAGACUACAUUCGGAAAGAGGACAUUAUGAAGGAGCUGCAGGAAAUUGAAGAUAAUUUGAAUGAGUUGGAAAGGAGGGGAGUCGAGCUGGAGAUGAGGCUCCGCAGCAGUGAAGAAGAGGGUGAAGAUGACUCUCUCAUGGAUGGACUCAUGGUUGAAUGGUUCAACUUGAUCAGGAACAAGCAGGUGGCCAUUCGCCGGGAGUCUGAACUGGUCUACAUUGGAAAGACCCAGGACCUGGAGGAACAGCAGCCCAGUGUUGAGCAGGAGCUCAGGAGACUGAUGGACAAACCAGAGCAUCUGAAAACAUCCUGGGACCGAAAGAGAGAAGAGGAGCUGAUGGCCAAACUGGUGGAGAUCGUCAAUGACAGAAAUGCUAUCAUAGAUGGUCUGGACGAGGACAGACUCAGGGAGGAAGAGGAGGACGAGGAACUAAACAAGAUGAUGAUGAAUUUCACAGGCAUAAAGAAAGACAAACCAAAGAAAAAGUCUCCGAUGUCCAAACUGUUCAACUUGGGGAAAAAGAAGGAGGCAUGACGCUCUGCUAAAAAAACACUUUUUUAUUUAUUUUUUUGCUUUUGAUGUUUUUUGCUGCUCUUGCUGUAGUCUUAAAGUCAGCCUGUGAUUCAUGGGAUAACGUGUGUGUUUGUGCAAACGGAUGUGCGUGUGAUUUGUCAUUUUAAGUACUUAUAGAAAAAUGCCCUUCCCUCUGUCGACUGCAUCACUCAUGAUCUGCCGCACACACACACUCAGACAGGCUUACAUAGAUGAUGUUGAGGGGUUAAUGACUCACCAGCCGUGAUGUGAUUGGGUUCAGUGCUCUAGUUGUUAGCUUUAAUACCCUUCCAGUCUUAAUCUGUCUACUUAAUGCUGUCAAACACACACAGACACCCUCUUUCUCCUUAUGUAUAUUGUAUAUAACAUUUAAAAAAUGUUACACACACACACACACUGUGUAGCUACACUACAGACGUUAAUAUGAGUUAAAGAACAAAGGUCAGAGCCGUUUUUUGCUCUCUGGUCAUGUUUUAGUUCACACUACAAGUCACUAGUCACUCUCUGACUAACUUCAGGGUCACUUUCUGACCCUGUUGUAGUCGAUUACAUGUUGAAAUGCAUUUAAUCUUAAAGGUCUCUCUCUGUGUAGUUUUCUGUCAAACAUGGCACUCAUUUUUUCUCAGACAACAACAAGUUUACUCAGAGCACUGGCCUUUGAUAAGGUGACAUGUUUUUUCCUUUUUCUUUAUAUAAUAGCAUCUUCUAGACCAGCGGUUCAAGAAAUGUGAGUUCACAGGAGAACAAGUUUUCUAUAAUCUGAAUUUUCUCUGAUAUCUGUAUUCUUUUCUCAUGAAUUACAGGAUAAUUUAAUAUCUUCAGGCCUUAAAUUAAGAAAUCUGAGUAGGAACAAUCACUCUUUAGUUGAACCUGCAGGUAUAAACUAACCGGCCAGUUCAUUAGGUAUAUUUGUACAGUCCAAAUAUAUGUGAUCCAAACAACUCUGCCAUAAAUUAAUUUACGAAUCUUAUAAUGUUUCAGCUUUUGUCGACACUGUCAGAGAGUAACUUGUGUUUACUGUUGAUGUUAUACUGUGCAGUGGUGUUGAAAUUAAUGAUAUUAUACUGAGAGCUGUUCAUGUGUUAUUCACCUACAUGAGAGGGCCAAAAUAUUAGAAACACCUUUCAAUAUAAUGCACUCCUGUACAACGACAGCACUCACUACGACCUAAAUAAACAUAAAGAAGAAUUAUUACCUCUCUGACAGUGUCAACAAAAACUGAAACAUUAUAAGCUUCAUAAAAGUUUAUAGCCGCGUUGUUGUGUUUGAUCACAUUGGAUUGUACACGUGUACCUCAUGAAGUGGCCGGUCGGUGCAUGAACCUGUGUUACAAGUAGGAAUAGCUUUGUUUUGAGCCAAGACAGAUUGGAAACCAUUGUUCUUGAAACACCUAUAUGCACUUCUGACCUCUGGGAAUGGUACAUCUAGAACAGAGUAGGCUCAAUGGUUCACUUACUAAUGAUUUAAAGCUUUAGAUUGCAUAUUUAGGGCUUCAUUCAGCGAUCAUUAACCUUUAAAGAAUGAAGCUUGAUACACGUGAGUUAAUGCAUAUUUGAUGUUCAGACAUAUAUGCAAGAAAGUCACUGGAUGCUUUUUUUUUUGGUUGUUUUACUUUCAUUGAGUAUGUAGUGUGUGUCUUUUACAGUUGACUAUAGGAAAAAGGAUGAAUUCGGUUUGUGUCAUGUGACUCAGCUGGUCCAUAUUGGAUCUGGAUUUUUUAGGUUGUAUGUUAUGUUCUAUGUAUGUUAAAUAUUUCUUUAGUUUGUGUGUGUGUCAUCUUCUUCGUCAGACACUGAAGCAAACUUUUAAUUUCUGUGUUGGGCCCAAACUGCUUAAUUUCAACAUAACUGGUUAUUACUAUGCAGAAUUGUGUUGAUGUUCGUGUCCCCUUCACAUCUCAGCUGUAUAUAUUGUAUAAAGUUUGUAGUUACUGAUUAUCAAAUGGAGAAACUGGCCUGGAUUUUAAACAAAUUGCUUUAAAUUAAAUGUAUUAAAACUUUAACAAAAAA